AUGACUGCCGGGCACAGCUUCUGGGCUCCAAGAACAGGAGAGGAGGCGCCCAGGGUCACUCGAGGUGAUGUAAGAAUUAGCAACCUGAGGAGAGGAGCCCUGGCCCACCUCCGAGGUGGUUCCAUGCCAGGGCCAGGCGCCGACAGCAGUCUUGGCCAAGAUGCAUCUCCAAACCACGGGCCUGGGCCGCCCUGCCUGAACUGCCUCCGAGCCCCCUCGGGGGGCAGCUGCGGCCUGACACUGCGGUUCCUGAAGAGCCGACAGAUUCUUCGUGCUCAGGAGUCACGGGAGGAUUACGACUGUCGGCCCCCUCCUAUUACCCCCUCCAGCUGCCCGGGCCCCCGGAGAAUCCCUUCCCAGUCUGCAUUGGAGGACCCUGUGGCCACAGCUCCUGCCGGGUCACUCUGCCUGGGACGGCAGGAGAGUGGCAUCGGGGGCUUCAUGCUGAGACAGCGCACUCCCACGUCGUCCGUCACCGAAGUGUCAGCCUACCGGAGCCAGGACACGUCUCUUUGGCCGUCGGUCACCUUAAUCCUCUCCAUCUGA